UCACAGGAACAAAUUGCACUGUAAAAAUAUAUCGCAACCGUUGGAAUUGUGGCAGCAUUUUACAAUUUCACAGUAUUCUUUAUUAAACAAACGCAUCCUCGGUGAGCAUACGCGACUUAUAUAUUAUAUAUUUUUUGGUUUCUCCCUAGUGGGGAAACAGCAGCACCAGCAGCAUCGCUACAAACCUGUUUGAGGGUGCUGGUGAGAAAGUAGAUGAGCGACAAUCCGAACACGACCCCCAGAACCCAACGCUUGCGCAGGAGCCGGCGGAACACCAUGGAGGCGUUCUUCUGGAUGUGCACCAGGUCCAGGUAGAUGCGAUGGAGCUACACAAACAGCACGGGUGAUCUCAGACGGAGAGAUCCAGCUGAUUCACUAACACAGCAUCUCUCGCAUCACCAACACUCACUGUCACUGGCAGCGAUCGGCUGGAGAAUACGUAUUUUAUUCGACACAGGCCGUCGAUAGAGAUCGAUUGCCGUCGCUAGUUGUCAAACAUUUUGGGGCUCCUGGCGAUAAAGUGGGUGCCAUGCAGAGACGCCACAGCAGCAACACCGAGGGCAUGCCGCCAGAAAGGAACAGGAGUCAGACUCUCGGUUCGGAGAGCAGUCUUGAUGAAGGAGGAGUGUUUGACUGCCUGAAGCCUGACUCUCCUACGUCGCCCCAGCAGCUCUUCUCUGGUCUGGUGGGCGUCUCUGCUGGGAAUGUGUCCUCAGCUCCCUUCCAGGCCGCGGGGCUGGUUCUGGGUUCUCCACCGGACGUCUUCAUCCAGAUGGCGUCCUCAUCGAGGGACGAAGGCUCUCACCGGACGGAGAACCCACCUUAUCUCCCUCGGCCUCCUCAGCACCAUCAUCAUCACCAUCAUCAUCAUCAUCACUCAGGUCAGCACCGCUCUUCUCUCCUGCAUGCGGCAACCUCUGCUGAGAGACACGGGAACAGAGAUGAUGGAGGUGAUGAUGCCUCUACACCGGCUCCUGCUCUCUCUGAGCUCAAGGCUGUGGUCACAUGGCUUCAGAGAGGAUUCCCUUUUAUCCUCAUUCUCCUCGCUAAAGUCUGCUUUCAGCACAAGCUGGGAAUUGCUAUUUGCAUUGGAAUGAUCAGCACGUUUGCCUUUGCUAACUCAACCCUGAAGCAUCAGGUGGCAUUGCGGGAGGAAAGGUCUGUGUUUACCACUCUCUGGAUUAUGAUGUUUCUCGCUGGCAAUAUUGUGUAUGUGUAUUACACGUUCAGCGCUGAGGAACUUCACAACAGCCUUAUUUUUGCGAAGCCAAACAUCAACAGUUUUGAUUUCUUUGACCUGAUCUGGGCUGUUGGAAUAACCGAUUUUGUGCUUAAAUAUUUCACCAUCGAGCUCAAAUGCCUCGUACUGUUCCUGCCUAAAAUGAUCCUCGCUUUCAAGUCCAGGGGGAAGUUUUAUCUGCUCAUAGAGGAGCUGAGUCAACUCUUGAGGGCUUUGGUUCCCAUCCAGCUGUGGUAUAAGUACAUCAUGGGUGAAGAUCCAUCCAGCAGCUACUUCCUGGGGGCAACGCUGAUUAUCAUCUACAGCCUUUGUAAGUCAUUUGACUUGUGUGGAAGAAUAUCUGGCAUACGGAAAGCAUUCGUCAUUCUCUGUAGCUCUCAAAGUUACGGUACGAGAGCCAGCGCUCAGCAGUGCAGCGAGGCCGGGGAUGUGUGUGCGAUCUGCCAGGCUGACUUCAGAGAGCCGAUCGCGCUGCUCUGUCAGCACGUGUUCUGUGAGGAGUGUUUAUGCCUGUGGUUUGACCGGGAGAGGACGUGCCCGUUGUGUCGUUCAACUGUGGUCGAAACUCCACGCAACUGGAAGGAUGGCACAACGUCGGCACACUUUCAGAUCUACUGAAUGGAGACCCAGCUGAAAGACGUCCGCUAGAAUCAGAAAAGGCUUAUUUACCGUACAUAAAAUGUUCCUGUUUGUAAUGUUGCAUCAUUGAAUGUAAGGUACAGUUGCGCCAUUACAUUGUGUCUGGAGAUAAGCGUUUUCGUCUUCUUACGUCUGCUUUUCAUAGGUUUUAAAUUAUUAGGCAUGAUAAUCAACUGUUUUGUAACUUUUUUUUGGUUUGUUCAAGCUAUUAAACUUAAAGAAUUAAGUUCAUCAGGACGGAUUAGGAGAAAUGUAGCAUUACAUCAUUUGCAUAUUCUGCAGUGAAUGGGUGCCGUCAGAAUGAGGUUGAGAACGGCUGAUACGAACAUGACAAUAAUCCACAACCAUAAUUACCAGUCCGUCACUUAACAUGGGUUGAAUGUUUGAAACAAAGUCCAUAAAAUAGCUUUCUGCAGUGGAAAAGUCAUCUCCGAUGAACUGAGAAAGAAAUCAAGUCUACAAGCAAAAACAAACAUGUUUGCGCAUUUUGAUUUGAAAUUUUUUUCUGGCUGUUACUUUUGGAGAUAUCUCUUGGUCCAAAACCAGUGGUUUAACGAUAAAACACCUUAAAGUACCCCUAUUGUGAAAUUGUGAAAAUGUACUUUCAUACAGUGUGUAACACAGCUCUGAGUGAAUUAAACAAACAGUGCAUAGUGUAUGAAGUUUUUAUCUCUCAAAAGAAAGAUUUGACUCUGAAUCAUUGAAACGAGACGAAUCCCAAGACGUUUCAAGUUGACAUCGAUGAAAUAUUUACAAUUUUCUCACCCACUUGAUGUUUUUUUCCCGCCCUUGGUCUGAACGAAAAUGCAAAUUCAUUCUUUGCCGCUAGAUGUUGCUUUUGGAACUUUAAAAUGGUUUCCCCCGGUAACGUGCUCACAAAAGCUGCUUUAUCAGGCAUUACAGUCAUGAUGAGAUGAAAACAGACCAACUGGAAAAUCACUGCAGAUUAGCGUCACGCAAAAAUGAAUCAUGCGUGAAUCGUUUGGGAGUCGUUGAGCAAAUAAGAUAAAAGUAAAUGCAUAUUAAGGACGAUGAAGAGCGUUUUUUGACCUUGCGUGCACGUCAACCUGUCGUUCGGGCCUCCAAAAACCAAAACAUGACCGUUACCCAUAAUACAGAUGCUUUAAUGGUGGGAUUUGUUUCUUACGAACAUGCAGCUUUUCGCUUUGAUUGACGUUCAUUAAUGGAAUAGAGUGGCGUGGAUUACUUGUAGCUGAAUGUAAUGUUUUAAUCAGCUCUUUAGACUCUCAUUCCGACGGCACCCAUUCACCGCACAGGAUGCAUUCGUGAGAAAGCGAUGUGAUGCUACAUGUCUCCAAAUCUGAUUAAGAAACAAACUCAGUUUCUGCAUCUUAGCUUGAGAGCGAGUGCAUUUUCAGCUCAUUUUUCUGGAGUCUUACACAUUUUUGUGAAGGUCUAAUUAAAGCAAAAGACAUAACCAGACGACACAAACCCCAUGGUAAAUUUACUAAAAGUACGGUAAGCCCAGUUAACUGUGUUACGAUCACCACUUCACUCAUCUCUUUGGUUUAUUGCGUUUAAAAAAAUGUGACAACAGUAAUAUGUUAAAAACAUUUGAUGUUGAAUAAAUGAUUGCAUCGAUGAUGCCGAACUUUUCAA